AUGGCUGAGGACCAUGAUCAUGAAGAUAUUUCGUUUAGAACCUCAUCUUCGAUUGAUCUCAUCGAUAUUCCAUUGAAAAACACGGAUUUCAAUUCAUCACUGGACACUUACUCGAAUGUAUUCGAUAAAAAUCGUCAUAAUUUCAGCGCCAGUUCAGAAAUUCCAUUCAUUAAUCAGAAUAAUGACCAGCCAUUAUCUACGGAAUACAACAGAACCUUUACUAAAGAAGUAUCGAAAACCAUUAUCAAUGCUUUCACAGGAAAACCAAUUAGUCCCAAUCCUUGGAGAAAACUAUGUACAAAAAAUAUUCAACGUCAAAUAGAAACAGACAUUGCCAUGUCAAAUGACAUUUUGUCACCAAAUUUACAAACGGUUGAACUGCAACCAGCUCCAUUAGACCAAUUCAAUAAUCAGCCCGUACGUCACUCACGCAAAGAUAUGGUUCACAAUCAGCGCGCUAAAGACAGUAGUAUCGAAGAUGAAGCAUUCGAACAGUUUUUACAAGGUCAUCAGAGUCCAACUGCGAUUCAACAGCAGAACAUUACACCGAUUCACCGACGACGAAAGAAACGAAAUAGUCAGAGGGAUUCAAUUGACAAAUUGUCAUCUUCGUCCGAAGAAAUCGUCAAGGUGCCUCAAUUCGCUACUCCUACGAAAACAAGUCCAUUUAUUCGCGAUGAUCCAUCGUGGCAUAGACUAGCUGAUGUUUAUACUUCCGAAGAUUCGGAUGAGAAAACUCACUUAUUAUCAGCCAAUUUGAACUACAGUCUUCAUCUGAAAUCCGAAGUUUAUACAUCAGACCAAUCCUCGAGUUCGUCUUCAUCAUCAUCGAAAGUUGACAGUCGACUAUCAGCAACAGGUAGCGAUAGAAAAACAAUAUUCAAUUUUCUUCAAUCGCUUGCUGAAAAUAUUCCAUUUGAACAGAAACAUCCGAAUGCACAACCAUAUUUCAUGCACUCAGAUUUUAAUCUUAAAAACAAACGACAAGAACUCGCUGAUAAACUUUUCACUCUAUACAACCAAGAUGUUUUCUCUUCAAAACUGUCAGAUAAAGUCACCGUCGUUUGGAGUGGUCGUCUUACUGCAACGGCGGGUCAUUGUACUACUCGCAAGGCAACACGCACCGCCGUGAUUACACUUUCGCAUAAAGUGUGCGAUUCGCCCGAACGUUGCCGUGAUACACUUCUGCAUGAAAUGUGUCAUGCAGCUGUAACUCUUAUUGAUGGCGUCAUGGAAUAUGGCCAUGGACCUUUAUGGCGACAAUGGACCUCUAUAGCUGCAAAAUCGUAUCCAUACCUACCACCGAUAUCAGUUCGCCAUACGUACGAUGUGGCUUAUAGAUUUAUCUAUCGUUGUGGUCAAUGUCUGCAUGAAGUCUAUCGACACUCGAAAUCGCUCGAUUUAGAAGUGGACUAUUGUGGUAAAUGUAUGGGGAAAUUUGAUUUGAUUACCAAUGGGAUCAAAGAUGAAACACAAACACCGAAAAAGGCAGCUAAUAAAUACAAUUUAUUUGUUAAAGAAAACUUUCAAGCAGUGAAACAGGCGAAUCCUCAUUUAUCGACACCACAGUUAAUGCGACAAUUGAGUAAAGAGUAUAAACUUCAGAAUGAACAACAGAAAAUGAUUGAUUUACCGAAUUUUGAUCAAUUGAAAUUGUAA